UCUGGAAGCUGUUUGGGAACUUUUUUUUACAUUUACUUUCCCCCCUUUCACAGUAUCUUGCAAAAUACAUCUAGAAGUUGAGCAGAAGUGGUUGUUUCUGCAGAGAGAUUAUCUGAAGAUUGUGUUGACCUCUGAGUUUUUUUCUCCUCGUGGAAUUACUUUAGAUUAUGUCAUAGGAGAGGAACAAUGAUGUUACACUAAGGAGAAGUAUCAAUGCUGGACCUCAGACUGCUUGGUAUUUGCAAAGAGUUCCCUGUAUCAGGCACCUACAAGUCCUUUUAGGAUUACAGUGCACCCUAAUUCCUUAAAUGAGGAACACACCUGGAAGCAAAAACGUGUCGGGAAAUAUUGUAAAUUCUCUUCACAAUGGAUUUUUUAAAUAUAUUUUGCCAAUGAAGGUGAAACCACAUAGUCUUCUUUGGAACAUUAUGGAUUUGAUAUCUUGAGAGGAGUGAAUUUUUAUACCAGAGAGUGGAAUUAUUUUUCCACAGCUUGUUUCAUCACCUUGGUUUUCUUAUGUGCUGGGAAAGAGAUUGACCCUAAAGCCUUCGCUUCACGAUAGCGUGACCUUUUAAUCCAAGAAACAUGUCGUUGCAUAGAUUAAGAGAGAGGAGUGAAGGCCAUGGCCCUAGAAUUUCAUCCAGGGUCACACAGUUACAUCGCAGUGUGUCUUCAACCAUGCGCCGGUUACUUCCCAGGAGAGGGUGGAGAACAAACUCCAAUCAAGCUACUUCUGAUGACAUCAUGCAUCAGGACACCUUCCCGAUGUGUGCAGCUGAUAUUGAGGAUCAGCUGCAGAAGCAGUUUGCAUACCUGUCAGGUGGAAGGGGAGAAAAUGGCUGUCCUGUCAUAACAUUUCCGGAAUACCCAGCCUUCAGUGAGAUCCCAGAGACUGAGUUCCAGAAUGUUCUGACGUAUCUAACCAGCGUUCCCAGUUUACAAGAUGCAGGAAUUGGCUUCAUCCUAGUCAUCGACCGAAGACAGGACAAAUGGGCAUCUGUAAAAGCAUCAAUACUGAGGAUUGCAGCAUCAUUCCCAGGGAACCUGCAACUUGUUAUUGUUCUGCGGCCAACAGCAUUCUUUCAGCGAGCUCUGUCAGACUUUGCAUUAAAAUUCAACAAAGAUGACUUUAAAAUGAAGGUACCGAUCAUAAUGCUGAAUUCAGCAGCAGAAUUACAGAACUACAUUGACAAGUCACAGCUGACAGAGGACCUUGGUGGCACAUUGCAUUAUUGCCAUACAAACUGGCUAUUACAUCGCACAGCUAUAGAAAAUUUUGCCGUGAGGGUUAAGCAGACAGCACAGAUUCUACAGUCCUUCGGGACAGAAUUGGCAGAGACAGAGUUGCCCAAUGAUGUGACUACCACCAGUUCUCUUUUAGCUGUGCACACAGAAAAGAAGGAUAAAAUGAAGGAUGAUCUGGGAUUAGCACUGAAGCAGGGAAAUGAUAUCCUGGAACGGAUCAGGCAGCCAAUUCGAGAGGACCCAGAAUACAUGAUGAAUCAGGACCAGCAGGAUAACCAAACAACAGUCGAGAGGCUUAUUUGUCAGCUAAAUGAAACAGAAACUGCAUUUGAUGAGUUUUGGACAAAGCAUCAACAGAAGCUUGAACAGUGCUUACAACUGCGACAUUUUGAGACAAAGUUUCGAGAGAUCAAGGCAGCCCUGGACAGUAUUUAUGAGAGGUUAUCAAUCUUUAAAGAUGUGGGGAACAGUUGCUCCCAUGUGGAACACAUACUGAAGGAUCUUUGUACUUUUGAAGAGAAGGCCCAGGAAACAAUACAGUUGGCACAGGUCUUAGCAAGGGAAGGAGACCAUCUCAUCUUAAGUAACCAUUAUGCCGUGGACUCCAUCCUCCCAAAGUGUAAUGAGCUUCAUCAUCUAUGUGGUGACAUCAGUAGUCAUAUUCAGGAAAGGCGGGAGCUGCUCCACAACUCUCUAGAACUUCACAGACGUCUGGAGAAGACCAUGGAGUGGUGUGAUGAGGGUAUAUACUUGCUGGCUUCUCAACCUGUGGAUAAGUUCCAGUCCCAGGAUGGAGCAGAAGCUGCAUUACAAGAGAUAGAAAAGUUUCUUGAGAGUGGCACAGAGAAUUCCAUUAAAGAUUUGCCUAGUGUUCUUGUGCAGUAUGAAGGGAUUCUUACUCUUGAACUACAGGAACAUGUUCACAAGGUGUUCCACAAGCAGCAAAGUAUGCAAGAGAUGUUCGAGAAGAGGAAAGGAAGCUUGCGCAAGCUAGCAGCUAAACAAACUCGGCCUGUGCAGCCUGUGGCUCCUAGGCCAGAAGCAUAUAUCAAGUCCCCUAGUUCUUCUCCAGUUCUCCAAAGGGCCUCUGAGCACAGAGGUAGUGCUGAAAGUGUUCUUCAAAGAAGAAUGAAUUAUCGCAGGGGCAAGAGUGAACUAGAUGGUCAAGUUAGGAGUACUUCCAUGAUGGAUGAUGAAGAAAAUUUAGCAGUACUAAGAAGGCAUGUUAUGAAUGAGCUAAUAGAGACAGAACGAGUGUAUGUGGAAGAGCUUUUAUCUGUUCUUGAGGGUUAUGCUGCUGAGAUGGAGAAUCCCUUAGUAAUGCAUCUGCUCUCUCCAGUUCUCCUUAACAAAAAGGAUGUGUUGUUUGGAAAUAUGGAAGAAAUCUACCACUUUCAUAAUAGAAUAUUUUUGAGAGAGUUGGAGAACUACAUUGACUAUCCUGAAUUAGUAGGAAGAUGUUUUCUAGAAAGGAUGGAAGAUUUCCAGAUAUAUGAGAAGUACUGCCAGAACAAGCCCCGCUCGGAGAGUCUAUGGCGUCAGUGCUCUGAUGCUGUGUUUUUUCAGGAAUGCCAAAGGAAAUUGGAUCAUAAGCUGAGCCUGGAUUCCUACCUACUGAAACCUGUUCAGAGGAUAACAAAGUACCAAUUGCUUUUAAAGGAAAUGUUAAAGUACAGUAAGAAUUGUGAAGGUGCGGAGGAUCUGCAGGAAGCUUUGGCUUCUAUUCUUGGCAUCCUUAAAGCCGUAAAUGACUCCAUGCACCAAAUAGCUAUCACUGGAUAUGAAGGGAACCUAAAUGAUCUUGGCAAACUUUUGAUGCAAGGGUCCUUUAAUGUGUGGACAGAACAUAAAAAGGGACAUUCCAAAGUAAAGGACCUGGCAAGGUUUAAACCAAUGCAGAGGCAUUUGUUCUUGCAUGAGAAGGCUGUACUGUUCUGCAAGAAGAGAGAAGAAAAUGGGGAAGGAUAUGAGAAGGCUCCUUCCUAUAGCUUCAAACAUUCCUUAAAUAUGGCGUCUGUUGGAAUUACAGAAUAUGUCAAAGGGGACAUUAGGAAAUUUGAAAUCUGGUAUAAUGCUAGAGAAGAAGUAUAUAUUGUGCAGGCACAAACAUCUGAAAUAAAAGCCACCUGGGUAAAUGAAAUCAGAAAGGUAUUGACUAGCCAGCUUCAGGCUUGUAGAGCAAAUAACUCUUACUGGUAUAUGUCUGCAGAAGCCAGUCAACACAAGUCAGUGGAGCAGACCAACAGUUCUCCAUUGCCUACUCCAUCUAGUAGCAGUCCUUUGAGAAGUAAGUCUGGCAAGAACAAAAAACUGGAAGAAAGGAAAACUGAGCCUUUAAUAAGCCCUGACUCCUCUUUAGUAGCGUUACCAAAGUACCUUGAGAAAGGUAAAGCUUCUCCUACCAGCCCUGACAAAAAAACUAAACGCCACGAAGUAAAGAGUGACCCAACUCCAUUUGGUUUAAGAGGUUGGAAUAGGACAUCUCAGUCACUAGAUGUAUCCGAAGGAAACAAUGAUGGAUGGUCCAGUGGUGAAGACCCAAUCAAUUCUUCAGAUGCUGAGGAUGAAGCAGCAGAAACAGCAGAUAAAAAGCUGAGUCCAGGUAAAUAUACUGUUGUUGCUGACUGUGAGAAGCAUGGGCCAGAGGACCUUCCAGUAAAAAGUGGAGACGUGGUUCAGCUGAUACGUGAAGAAGAGGAUGGAGUCUGGUAUGUGAAGAAUCUGAGCACCAACAAAGAAGGACUCGUGCCUGCCAGCAACCUGAUGAUACUCAUUGGGGCUUCCAAGUCGGCGCAUUCACUAAGCAGCUCUGAAUCAGGAACUGCUUCCAGCACGUUAAGCACCUCAUCAAGCUGCAGUGAAAGCUGCAAUGCAAGCUUUUCUGAUAUCAAGGGCUGAACUUGAACACAAACUUGUGCACAAACCAGGUGUGUCGUGGACGGGUGAUCCCAGACUUCAGGCCAAGUGAGAAGAACAGGAUGGAUGAAGAAAAGGCAAUUUUCUGGUGCAGAUACAAAGAAAACAGUCAUAGAGAGAUUGUCCGCCUGUGUUCUUGCCUCCCUCUGUUUUAUGUCACCUGACAGGCCAAUGGGGAAAUAAGGAGACGGGAUGGGGUUUAGUGAUGUAUUGUGCCUGAGAGACUCCUCUCCUUACACCACACAUAGUUCAGUUUACAGAUUUAUAAACAGUGUUUACUCCGUCAACAUUUCACCUAUACCGUGGAACAUUUCUGAUCCCUGUAGAACAUACCGGGCAAUGGUGCCAUCAUUUUGUUCCAUUGUAUGUUUCCAAGUGGCGUUUCUACCGGUUUCCGUGGUUCUCUGCAGCCGGAUGUAAAGAUGGAUCUAAAAAGACUUAUUUUCCUUUUGCUCCUUUGUACUGAGACCAUGUAUUAUGGCUGUUACCUGUUUGUAAAAGAAAAUAAUGAAUUGUCACGGUUCUCACAGCAUGACAGUUUAGAUACAAAAUGUAUUUUUCCACUUGUCAGUCCAAGCAUUUGUAGUUCACAUCUCUUUGUCAAGUGAUCUAUCAAAGACUGCAGUAACAAAGCUGAGAUGGUUGGCCAGUACAGAACCAAGGCAGUUGUCCGGGGGAAGCUGAAUAUUUUCUGUUAUUCACAAGUGAUAUUUUUAUUGGUGUACAGGAACAAAACAAAAAAUGACUAACUGAUCAGCACUUUUAUAUUUGUAUAGAAGAGAAAUGGAAUAUAGAUGCAUAUAGUUAUAGAGAUAGAAUGGACCACAGAAAGGGGUAAGGAAUAAUGCUUUGCACUAUCCUUCUCUGACCUCCACGGUCCAUUCCUACCAUUUGUAAAAAAUAAAUAAAAAUUCACAUGAAAGUCCUGUGAAUUUGUGAAUCCUGCCAGAUCCUUACAGGGUCAGUCUCCUAUGACUGAAGGGGUUAUUCCUCCUGUAAUUUUCCACCCGCCACCACUGCCAGUCUCUGCAGCUUCCCCUGUAAGCCACAGUAGCCAAUUGCUUCCUAUGCAUCCUAAUAAUGUGAUACCACAUAGAUGAAAAAUAAUAGAGGAUAAGGAAACAACAGAAACCAGCAGUGGGAGGCAGAGGUAGAUUUCAGAAGGUACAUAAGUACAAUGCAAAGUUUAUAGAUUUUCUAUUACCAACAGGUUGUGCUCAUUUUUAAAAGGCCGUGCCACUUCUUUAAUCCAGUUUUCUCCCUCUGAGUGUGUUUACAGAUGUCAUUUUUUUACUAAUUCAUAUUUCAUAGGACUCUACUGUCUACUUAUAGGAAAAUUGAGAGAUUUAAGUUUGUUAGAGCAUAAAGACACGUACUGGUAUAAAACCAUCCAAGGCUAUGGACAAGACAUAUAGACUUCUUUAUAUUCAGCACCUUAAUUUGUAGAAAAUAAGGUUAGCAGUCAUUAUUUCAUGUGCAUGGUUUCACGUGAGCUACACUCACUCUCAUUCAUAUUUUCCUUAGGUUUCUAUUGGCACCAGGUUAAUUCAUUGGAUUAUAAGGGAUAUUUCACUGGCUCUGAGGGCUCGUGCACAUGGCCAUAUUAUAGCUGCAAGCAGACUCUAAGAUCAUGGGUGCCUACUGAACUUCUGUGCGCCUCCAAAUAAAAUAAAAUAAAUCUUAGGCUUUCAUUUCAUAUCUACUGUUGUAAUCUAGUCCCUAAAAGUAGAUGAAGAGUAUUUCCAAUUGUACAGUAUGCGACAGAGCCCGUAGACUACCACAUGGAGGCAGUAUGGCCCUUACUACGGAGCAAAACCACCUUGGUGCACUGCUGUACAUGGCGUUGCUGUGUGCAUGAGCCCUAACACUGUAAUCACGGGCAGUUUUUUUCCUCUGUUUUUUGUAACGCGCCAAAAGCUGCACAUUAGUACAGCCUCAACUGCAUCAGCAACAGUCAUAAAGCUGCCAUCAGAAGGAUAAUUUUGUGUUAUCUGUUGAAUUCUCUGUGCGUUUGCUAUUUAAACACUCCACAUGUUACGACUCUACAGUUGGCAACCGUGAAAUCUUUCUGUAGUUGAGGCUACUAAAUGGCACAAUAUGUUAUUAAAUAUGGCAGACUUCCUUAACAUCAUAUUUUCGGAUGUAUAGUGCCAUUUCAAAAUUGUCUGUGCAGUUGGGUGUUCAUUAUAACUACAGGAAAAUAUAGUCCUAUAUUAUAGUAGUCACUGAAGAAAACAGAUGAGUCCAAGAUAUCCUAGGAGCAAUAUGUUAUGUUUUAUGCCUUGAAAUCAAACUUUAUUUUUAUAUAUGUACAGGAUAUAUUCUUUUUAUUUUCCUCACAAUUGUAAAAGAAAUUUAUGAAAUUGACAUAACUUAUUAAAAAAAAAUGAGAUGUAUUGCAGACAGUUAGCAAUGAGUAUUACAUGACUACAACUGAGAAAAUAUGGUCUUGUAAAUACAAGAUGUUUAAAUGUCAUAAAAAUAUAUAUCAUAUGUUUAUUUUUUGAAAAAAAGAGAAAUACUACUGUUAAUGUCAAAGUGAUAAAGGCAGUAGCCCGAGUAUUAGUAAAUGACUCUUUCAGAUCUCUUUAUUGGGAUAUUUUAUCAAAUGGGCUACAUGAUAAAGUUCAGAUUUCCUUUCUCAAAGGACUCGGAUAUUCUGAUGUGCACAUGGUCUUUCAAUUUUAGAUACAGCUUCCCUUCUAUUAGUGAACUGUUUGCAGAUAGGAAAGAAUGGUGUCGUUGUCAAUGAUGUGAAUGAUUCUCACAGAUCAGUUAUCCAAUAACAAGCAAGGAAUAUUUCUGCAUUUGCUAUGCUUCCAUUUAUUAAAUCCUUAUCAAAGGCCCCUUUACAUGGGCCGAUUGUGCAGGCUGUUCGUUCCUGAUAAUUGAAUUGCUAGCUUGUCAGAGGAGGUGAGAGCAGCAUAUACAUGCAUCAAUCAUCUGCUCUGUAUGGGAAAGAAUGAUUGCUACUGCGAUCACUCAUCCCCAUAAAGAUUAAUUGUUUCCAGGCAGCAGAUCCCCAUUUACACAGGAUGAUCUGCUUUCCAGAAACCACAUAUUUGGAAUGCUCCUUCUCGAUAAUUGCCCUGAUUGUCAUCCAAUGUAAAGGGACCUUUUGUAAAGCAAUGCAGAAGGUGUGAGGACAUAUAUCAGUAAGUGGCUUUGCAAAUUGACUGCCUUCUGGAGGAGUAAAACUAGCUCAUGCCAGCCAAAUCAGAAACUUCUCCAAAAGAAAGUGGCCCCCAUCUGUAAACAGCUUUUUCAGGGUUCUUGCCUCUCUUCAGUACAGAGUAGGAUACUAGUUGACUGAAUGGGAUGCCUAUGAUGCAGCUGUAAAGGGUGGUGAGUAGUACCACUUAUUGAAAAGCACCAGUGGGUAUAUGGAGACUAAUUCACACAUCAGUGUUUUGGUCAUUGAUUUCCAUCAGCAAUUGUGAGCCAAUAACAGGAUUGGAGCCUCCACAGACAUAAGGUAUAAGGGAUAGAUUUGGCCUUCUUCUGUGCAGUUGCACCUGGUUUUGGUUCACAAUGACUGAUGGAAAUCACUGACCAAAACACUGACAUGUAAAUGAGGCAUUACAGUCAGUGCACCAUGAGAAACAAGUAUUUGAAUCAAUCUUCUAGAAGGAAGACAACUACCUAUCUGAAAACAUCGAAAGCAAACAAUAUUAAAACAGGUGUCUAAUUUCCAUACCUUUUGCCCAUGGGGCAUUGCCUCAAAUAUGCAUCCAUAUCUGAAUCUCUUCAAUGAAAACCAGUACCUCUGUAAAAACGUGUUAGGUGGCUUUAUCAGGUUGUGUAAUUUAAGAGAUAAAGGCUUCUAUUAAUGGCAGCUUUUUUUCUGGUGGAAGUGAAGUAUAUGCAAACACUUAAAAUGGAAGGAUCUCCUAAGCAAUGCAACUACCUCAAUGUGCUUGCAGAUGCUUUGACUUUUAAUUUUUUUUUUAGAUCUUUCGUAAGCUGGUCAUAUCCCACUGACAAUCAGUGACUGAUGGACCUUCCAGGUCACCUUAUCCUGAGAUAAAGGGUAAAAUGUGUCUGGUGGCUGCUUAUCAGGAAAGAUAGCUUUUGGUAAAAAGAAUGCUUGACCAACAGGUAUCUUAUGUUUAUGGCCAGCCAGAAGAUGAGUGUACACUGAUCUGUAGGGAUUUCUUCUAUAAUUCUUACAUGUUCUUACAUGAAACCCUUGGGCUCCUAUUACAAAUCCUGACAUAUUCCUUUAUUUUAUUUUGCUCCUUAGGAGUUAUAUUUGUAGGGGACACUGUAGUGUUGAAGUUUCUACAAAUCAGGGACAUAUGACAAUCUCUUGCAGCCCCCUGAAAUUCACUAUAAUAUAGAGUUGCUGGUGUCAUAUACUUUUUUUAGUGAGUGGUAAGGCGUAGCUAUCUGUACAGAUGUGGACUUCCCUCGUACAUUGUAAGUUAUUUGUAAAUACUUUGUAAAAUAUUUGAUUGUUCCUUAAUAAUAUUGUGUAGACAUUUGUGCUAAAAUGACCCUUUUUUCAUAGGACUAUGUUAAUAUUUGCCUGUGAUUUCUAAGUACUGUCACUGCACUUUAUAGACUACAUCUCAUCAGCUUAUUUUUAUCCAGCUAAUGUAAAUUUGAGUACAGAAUAUGAAAUAUUGUAUGUAUGAAGGUUCAUUGAGUACAUUUCAGGAACACCUGCUGUAUUUCACUGUGGUAAAAAAAUAAA